GCAGGCUUGUGGAGACAGCUUGGAUCAAGAAGGACUCUCUCAAAGAAAGAAGAGACCAGCCGAGAUGAACCGUUGGUCCAGUUACCUGUUGGGAUGGACAGCCUUCCUCCUCUAUUCCUAUGAGACAAGUGGAAGUGACCGCUCAUGGACUGCUUUCCAUACAGAUUACCCACGAUGUGUCUUCCCCUUCAUCUAUCGAACAAAAUCCUAUAACAGCUGCAUCACAGAGGGCAGCUUCUUUGGAAAGCUGUGGUGCUCAGUCACCUCCAGCUUUGAUGAGAAGCGGCAGUGGAAAUACUGUGAGGUGAAUGAGUACGGGGGAAAUUCUUUCAGCAAGCCUUGCAUCUUCCCCUCCAUCUACAGAAAUAAUGUGAUCGCUGAAUGCAUUGAGGACGAAAGCAACAAGCUGUGGUGCCCAACCACCGAGAACAUGGACGAGGAUGGAAAGUGGAGUCUCUGUGCUGACACCAGACUUUCCUCCUCAGUUCCUGGCUUUCCCUGCCACUUCCCAUUCAACUAUAAAAACAAGAAUUAUUUUAACUGCACUGACAAAGGAUCAAAGAAGAACCUUUUAUGGUGCGCAACCUCUUACAACUAUGACCAGGACCGUACCUGGGUGUAUUGUUGAUGCAAAGGUAAGACAGGUAUCACACCUGGGUGCAUUGCUGAGGCAAAGGUGAGGAGAGCAGGGGCCAAAUCUGGGUGCAUUGCUGAUGUGAAGAUGAGAUCAGGGAGCACACCUGGGGGUGUUGCUGAUGUGAAGGUAGGAAUGAUCCUUCCAGCAUAUCUCAUUUGCUGAGGUUCCCAGCAAAAUGAUCUCCAUUUCCCAGAGAUAAGGUGGAAUGUAAUGUGUGUGUGUGGGGGGGAGGGAUGGGGAGAGGUGCUGGGACAACUUCCCAAAUGAGAAGGCUGAAAGAAAUUGGGUCAUAUCUGUCAAGCAGGAGAGCAGGGGGAGGAUGUGGGUGAACAUUUUCAGACUCCAAAAGGUAUCAAUCAUCCCAAGUUUUAGGUCUGGGAGGCUUUGGGGGUCAAAGAUUAGGAAACUGGAAUUUCUCAAAAUGGAGUCUGAGAUGAAAAGACUUCCCUGAAGGGGAAAACUGAGACUUCUCUGGUCCCCAGAAGUCAUGGCACCAUGUUGUUGAUCCAUUACCCCCAUCAUCAAAGAGUUAACUAAGGAAAAGGCCCCUCCCCACCUCAGCGCCGAAGUCAACUAUCUCUGCAGGACCAAGUGCAUGCUUCCACUUUUUUCUAGUCUUUUCCUCCUGGCUAAAGCCCAUAGAAACUCUCUCUAGACCUCCUGCAUGGAUCAACUGACCUAAUCACCCCAUAAUUCUGGAAUUUAAAUGUAAAGAGAAGCCCUUUCAUUAGGUGUGUGGACAAAACUGCACUGCCCCUUCCUUCUAGGGUGGAAAACACUAGCAAUGUUUCCCCUUACGAUGCACAUGACUUAUGGGUGACACCAAAAUUAGUGACUUGCUCUCAAUUUGGGCUUGGCAGUGAAAAUUACCUUCCCAGAACAGAAAAGAGGCAAAUGAGUGGGUUUGGGACUCUGGGUACCAUCUUAACAGGAUGGAUAUUCAAAAACACCCACAGUGGUUCCUCAGUCUGUGUCUAGGAUUAAGAACAUCUUUAGCGCCCAUCCUCCAACUUCUAUCCAUCAGAGCAGAACUGUCUUCUUUUUUUUUUUUUU